AUGGGGUCCUGCUUAUCCGCUGAAAGCAGGAGCUCUCUCCCCAGUUCUCCGACGGCUCCACUUGGGGUUAGGAAGAGGAAGAGCUCGAAUAAGAGAUCCACGUCUCGGAGUUCUUCCCUUGACUACAGGAGGGAAGAACAGUUGUUGCAUAGGAUUCCGGGAAGAUUGUUUUUGAAUGGGUCUAGUGAAGUUGCUUCCCUAUUUACUCAGCAAGGAAAGAAAGGGACCAAUCAGGAUGCCAUGAUUGUUUGGGAGAACUUUGGUUCAAGAACCGAUACAGUUUUCUGUGGGGUUUUUGAUGGCCAUGGCCCCUAUGGUCACAUGGUUGCAAAGAAAGUGAGAGACUCUCUUCCCUUGAAACUGAGUGCACACUGGGAAGUUAGUCUAAAGAGCGAAGAUGUUCUGAAAGAGAUCAGCCUUAACACCACACUUAGCAUGAAUUCUGAAGAUACUUCCUUUGUAUCUGCUGAUGAGGAGUCCAGGGCCUCCAUUGAUGUUGAAGAAACAGAAAAGCACCCAGAUGUCUUUCAGACACUGAAGGAGUCAUUUCUGAAGGCUUUUAAAGUCAUGGACAGGGAACUGAGAAUGCACACGAAUAUUGAUUGCUUCUGCAGUGGAACAACAGCAGUAACCAUUGUGAAACAGGGUCAGGAUCUGGUAAUUGGAAACGUUGGGGACUCGAGGGCUGUACUGGGUACAAGGGAUAGAGAUAAUUCUCUUCGUGCAGUUCAGUUGACUGUGGAUCUCAAGCCAAAUCUUCCAGAUGAUGUACAAGCCAAGGGGAUCACCCUAAAGCAUUACAAGAAACCAAUUAAGGCAAGGUACGGGUAUGCUCAAAUGUAG